GGGGUAGCAGGAUGAAGUUUGCAUUUAAAAAAUUGCUUGUGGCAGCUGCUGUGAGGCCAGUUUCCCCAGGGGUCCCUUGCCUAUGCUGAGGCCCUGCUCUUGAAUUCACAUUGUGUUCAGUGGCCGGGUCUGGGCUUAGCUAACUCCUCGUCCUGCUCAUGUGAGCCCAGCUCUGCUCAGCAUCACUUUCUCAAGGAACUAGACAAAGUCAGGGUCCCUGAUCUUCACAGCCACAGUCAUACGGUGAACCUCACUUACGUCAUCAGUCAUUAACAUCUGUCUGUCCUCUGAGCGGGAUGGCAGCUCGGAGUUUGUCUGACCUCCGUUGUUUCCCCAACGCCUAGAGUGGUGCCAAGCACAUUGUAAGAUUUCAGGAAAUACUGGCUGAAGGAAUUGCUGGAAUCUCUGGGACCUCGCUCAGUGCCUGGACCUGCUUUUUCUCUGCAGGCGCUGAUGCUGGGCUUUGGUGCAAGAAGGCUGCUCACAGCACUUCUGCAGCCUCAGCCUCAGAGGUGGCCCUUGCAGCCCUCCAGAGACAUGAGACUGGUACAGUUCCAGGCACCCCACCUGGCAGGACCUCGCCUGGGCCUGGAGUCAGGGAAUGACCGGGGAGUCAUCGACCUCAACGCCUUUGACUCCACACUCCCCAAGACGAUGAUAGAGUUCCUGGAGCAGGGAGAGGCCACCCUCUCAGUAGCGAGAAGAGCCCUGACUGCCUCAUUGCCGACCCUGCUGCGGUCGGAGGUGACCUUCCUGCCCCCGGUCACGCGGCCAGACAAGGUGGUGUGCGUGGGCAUGAACUACGUGGACCACUGCAAAGAGCAGAACGUGCCCGUGCCCAAGGAGCCCAUCAUCUUCAGCAAGUUUGCCAGCAGCAUCGUGGGGCCCUAUGACGAGGUCGUCCUCCCACCCGAGAGCCAGGAGGUGGACUGGGAGGUGGAGCUGGCCGUGAUCAUUGGAAAGAAAGGCAAGCACAUCAAGGCCACAGAUGCCAUGGCUCAUGUGGCCGGCUUCACCGUGGCCCACGACGUCAGCGCUCGGGACUGGCAGAUGAGACGCAACGGAAAGCAGUGGCUGCUGGGAAAAACCUUUGACACCUUCUGCCCCCUGGGCCCUGCCCUGGUGACCAAGGACAGCGUACCAGACCCGCACAACUUGAAGAUUUGCUGCCGGGUCAACGGGGAGGUCGUGCAGAGCAGCAGCACCAGCCAGAUGGUGUUUAAGACGGAAGAGCUGAUUGCCUGGGUCUCCCAGUUUGUCACUCUUUACCCAGGGGACGUCUUCCUGACCGGGACACCCCCAGGUGUCGGUGUAUUCCGGAAACCUCCGGUCUUUCUCAAGAAGGGAGACGAAGUCCAGUGUGAGAUUGAAGAGCUAGGCAUCAUCAUCAACAAGGUGGUGUGAGGGCUCCCGCCACAGGCCCUGGACUUAACACUGAAGCGCCCAGGAAGGCCCAGUGCCCAGGGCGGGCGGAAGGCCCGGUGCCCGAGGGGGGCGCGUCAGCCCCUCGAGGCCCUCUUCCAGAAUCAUGGGAGAAGAUGGAACGCCCUCAAUAAACGUCUCAGGCCAGAGCAGUAGCUGGGCUUUUAUCAUCUUUUAGGGUUUGUUGCCGGGAGUGAGAGAGGACACUCUCACGGGGUCGGGGAUGACCAGACGCACCGAAGAUGCUGCUGGGCUGGGGAAAAGGAGUCACCAGUCCCCGUUAUCACACCAAAGGAUGGAGGGAGCAGGAGACAGCA